AUGGAUGACCCCGGACUUGUUGAGCGUAUCCAGGACCUGACGGAUCUGGAAUUGGCUGUUCUACUAAGUCUGAUAGCGCAGCAUCACAGCAUACUUGAGACCAGAGACGACGCCUUGGAUGAUUUGGCGGCGGAACUCGCCCUUAUUGUGUCUCACGUGUUCAAGCUCAAGUAUGUCAUUCUCGAGCGAGACGAUCUACAGUCGGUCGACAGAUUCGGAGAACUUAUCCUCGAGCAAGAAUCGGAUUGCAGUGUCCCGAGCAAUGCAUCAGAAAGUGAUUAUGAUACUCCUAACCUCACCGUCCAGCAGGGCGGGAACUUGCACUCAAAGCUUGCUAGUAUCAGCUUCCGAAGGUCCGACUCGAAUACGCCAUCUCAACAAAAGCUUGACAGUCGAAGAGUGGUGAAUGUCAUUAUAGCGAAAGACUUCAAUCUUGCUAAGGAGGAUGUUCAAAUUCAAGUCCUUGAGCUGAUUCGAAAACGACGCAUCUAUAGCCGAACUACUGUUCACACGACGCCCAAAGUGUUCUUAUUCCUACCACUGAUCGCUACUACCUCGAAGCAAAUCAGACUGACUAAACACCUGAAUGAUCGCAUAUUCAUCUCGCACCAUCACGAUUCGGAAGACGGCUUUCCAAAUCUGGAAGAGCUAGACAGCCGUUUCGAAGACCAGGGAUCUACUUAUUCAGUGGAUCAAGCGCUAAGUGUGGCAAAGCAAGGCCCACUUGCAGAACGUUCGAUUACCGAAGAGGUCGGUUUUGCUUCUUAUACGAUUGAUCUGCUGCGAACUCGAGGGAGAGCAGUCACUAUCACACCCGAGAUAAGAAGAUAUCUGCAAGACAUCGUUGUAUUUCUACGGAUCGAACGAGGGGUGGAUGGUGGUAUCUCGCCCUAUGCCACUACUCUGCUGCUUGCUUUGUCAAAAUAUCUAGCCCCCCUCCACGGAAUCGAUUAUGUUACGCCUUCAUUAGUCGCACUGGCCGCAAAGAAAGUCUUUCCACACCGAAUCGUUAUAGCGAGUCCUAGCCGGGAGCGAAGCACGCUAUACGGAACAGAUAUAGAGUCAGCGAGAGAUCUCCUAAGGGGUCUUGAUCCAGAUAAAGUUAUUCAACAUGUAUUGGACACCGUUGAGUGUCCAAACUAA